AUGACUGCAGUAAUGGCUAAUGGAAAUUGGGAUCCAUCUUUAUCAGGGCUUUUGGCCUCGCUGGAAGAAUCACGUCGGCAAUUGCCUAGUUCUGAAGAAGAAUUUGGGUUUUUGAGUGGACUACUUCAGUCCAAAGAAUUGCAUGCAUUAGUUAAAGUUCAUAAUAAAAUAUUGGAAAAUGGGAAGGAUGAUAAGCUCAAUCCUGUUUUAUCAAGUUCAAUGCAAGUUGCUGUCGAAGUACUAGAAGUUAUCCUACCUAGGCUUGGUAGGAGUGAAUUGUGUAAAGAGCUGUUUCUUCUUCUACAGAAGCCGCAUUUACAGGGAUUGAUGUGUGCCCAUGAUGCAGUCGCUCAGAAAGAUUAUUUUCCCAGGCUUCCAGAAAUACCAUUAGAUGUGGAAGAAGAUGAAGAGACAAUCAAAAUAGUACAGCUUGUUAAAAGCAAUGAACCACUGGGUGCAACAAUUAAAAGUGAAGAUGACACUGGUAAGAUAGUAAUUGCUCGGGUCAUGCACGGAGGUGCUGCUGAUAGGUCUGGGCUCAUCCAUGUUGGCGAUGAAGUUGUCGAGGUAAAUGGUAUCAAUGUGGAGGGGAAAACUCCUAAUGACGUACUUGCCAUUCUUCAAGCAUCAGAGGGGACCAUAACUUUUAAACUGGUGCCUGCGGAUGGAAGAUCUGGUUGUAGGGAGAGUAAAGUGAGAGUAAGAGCUCAUUUCGACUACUCUGCAUCUGCCGAUCCUUAUAUUCCAUGUAAGGAAGCAGGUCUUGACUUUCUUAAAGGAGAUAUUCUUCACAUUGUCAGUCAGGAUGAUGCUUACUGGUGGCAGGCUAGAAAGGAAGGUGAUAGAAAUAUGAGAGCUGGUCUCAUCCCUAGUCGGGCACUUCAAGAAAGAAGAAUUCUCCAUGAAAGACAACAGGAAGAUAAAACAGACAGUGAAGGUACCAACUUAGAGGGCGAAAUAUGCACUGGAGUGAAGUGUGUAGGAGCUGAGCGGCUCCUUCCGUCUCCUUGCUCCUCAACAUCGCACUGCUCUAGGCCACCAAAAAUUAAAAAGAUCCUUUAUGAUCUGACAGAAGCAGACGACUUCAUGCGUGAGGAGGUGGCUACAUACGAAGAAGUGGCUAAGUUGUACCCUCGUCCUGGGCUCUACAGGCCAUUGGCUCUAGUUGGACCACCUGGUGUUGGGCGCAAUGAACUUAAACGGAGGUUGAUUUCUACCGAUCCUAGUAAAUAUAGAUCUCCUGUUCCAUUUACAACCAGAAGUAUUCGACCUGGUGAAAUAGAAGGUAAAGAUUACUACUUUGUCUCACGAGAAGUUAUGGAAGAGGAUGUUGCUGCUGGGAAAUUCAUUGAAUAUGGAGAAUAUAAAGGAAAUCUGUAUGGAACUUCUGUUGAAAGUGUUCUUUCUUUAAUAAAUGCAGGUUAUGUCUGCAUUCUUAGUCCACAUUAUCAGGCUUUGAAGAUGAUUCGUACAGCCCAAAUCAAGCCUUACAUUAUUUACAUCAAACCGCCUUUGUUUGACACGCUCAAAGAAACUCGCACUGCCGCAUAUGCUAGAUCUACUUUUGAUAAGGAAAAUUCUCGAGGUUUUACGGAUGAUGAAUUAAGAGAAAUGAUUCAUCGUGGUAGAAGGAUAGAAUUCAUGUUUUCACACUUUUUUGAUGAAGAAAUCGUCAAUGCCGAUUUAUCUUCUGCAUUUGAAUCUCUCGUUAGAAUAGCUAUAUCAGUUGAAACAGACCCACAGUGGGUACCUGCGUCAUGGGUUCAGUGA